GUGAUGUGUUGUGCGCGCCAUUCAUAGGGAUAGGCGUUGUGUUGUUUGUCAGACAAAACCAACACUUUUUCAUAAUUAAACUGAUUUUUUAUUUUUUUUUUCAUAAAUUUGUUAUUUAUUAAUAAUAUAUUUUGUGAUCAAAUUUGCGAUAAUAUUCAUCAUUUAAAUACAUCAAUACAUGAAUUACUGCAUACAAGAGAUGUCCAAAAAUGCUGAACGCAAAACGUGAACUCUUCAUUCGCGACAACGGCUCUACCACUGCCUCACCCAUGACGUCGAGUGCCAUCACUAAAGACAUAUACUCAUCAAGAGAUAGGGAUCGUAUCGAUCCAAUGACACACUCGAACCGUACCAACGAUAACAAGCCGGUGCUGACCAAAGACAGUGAUGUAUUGGUCGGUUUCUCAGAUCUUCCCAAUCAAAUCCAUCGCAAAACAGUUAAAAAGGGAUUUGAAUUUACAUUAAUGGUUGUCGGUGAGUCCGGGUUAGGAAAGUCGACUCUUGUCAACUCCAUGUUUCUGACGGACAUAUAUUCCAAUGAAUAUCCCGGUCCUUCAAAAAGGUCCACAAAGACAGUGGAGGUCGAGACUACAAAAGUGUUGCUCAAAGAGAAGACUGUUAAUCUUCACCUAACGAUUGUUGACACUCCCGGCUAUGGUUGUUCUGUCGAUAAUUCUAACUGUUGGGAACCGAUAACUAAUUUUAUAGAGAAUCGAUAUGAAGAGUAUUUGAAUGCUGAGACUCGUGUACAUCGGACGCACAUUCAGGACAAUAGGGUUCACUGUUGUCUAUAUUUUAUUCAACCUUCUGGUCACUCAUUGAAGCCGUUGGACAUCGAGUUUAUGCUUCAUCUGCACGACAAAGUCAAUAUCAUUCCCGUGAUCGCCAAAGCAGAUACAUUAACUCCCGAGGAAUGCUUACAAUUCAAGAAAAAUGUAAUGAAUGACAUCACUCAACAUAAGAUCAAAAUUUAUGAGUUUCCUGAUUGUGAUGACGAUGAAGAAGGAAAGGCUAAUAAGACACUAAAAGCUCGAAUACCAUUUGCAGUGACCGGAAGUAAUUAUGUGAUAGAAGCCAAUGGUGACCGAAAACGUGGGCGUAAAUAUCCGUGGGGUUGUGUGGACAUUGAGAAUAUGGAACACUGCGAUUUCGUUGCCCUCAGAAAUCUAUUGAUCCGCACCUAUAUGUUAGACCUGUUGGACACAACUAAUAAUGUUCACUAUGAGAACUUCCGGUGCCGUAAAUUGACAGGCAUUGGACCCGAAAACAAAAAAGCGAUCAAAGACAUGAACAAGAAUCCAUUGGCACAGAUGGAGGAAGAAAAGAAAGAACAUCAGACGAAGAUGAAGAAAAUGGAGGCAGAGAUGGAACAAGUCUUUGAAAUGAAAGUCAAUGAGAAGAUCAACAAACUGAAGGAAUCCGAGUCUGACUUGACGCGACGUAAUGAAGAUAUGAUAAAGAAAUUAGAUCAACAAAGACAAGAACUUGAAGAUAGAAGACAAGCGUUUGAGAAAGAGUUGGCGGCAUUUGAAUUGAUUUCCAAAGAUAUGGAAGAAAUAAGAAGAGUCAAUACAUUGGAUAACAAUAUGCGAGAGAAUUACAGUGAAAGUGAUGCUUAUUUCAUGAGAUCGACGGCUCUUCCAGAGGUUACUUUUAACUCAAGUCAUCGAAAUUCACGUAUUUUUGGCAAAAACAGCUUUUUAGGCAAAUGGAAGAAAAAUUCUUGAAACAUACCUGAGCUUGAAUUGCGCAUACAUUUCCAGUGCUUUUAUUUUUAUGUUU